GGGAGAGGCGCCGGCACGUGACAUGCGCCGGGGUUAGAUCCGCUUAGAGGCUGCUGUUCAUUGUUUCAUCCCGGGAGGUCAAGGGUCACCGUGGCAGUGUGGAACAUCACUCCGGUGCAUGUGCGGAAACAACAUGUCCGUGCCGCUACUUACCGAUGCUGUGACAGUACCCGGAACUGAACGGGAGACAGCGGUGGUCAUAUUCCUCCAUGGCCUUGGGGAUACAGGACAUGGCUGGGCUGAGGCCUUAUCUGGUAUACGACUGCCCCACGUGAAAUAUAUUUGUCCCCAUGCGCCUCGUAUACCAGUCACACUGAAUAUGAAGAUGAUGAUGCCAGCAUGGUUUGACUUGAUGGGCCUGAGUCCUGAUGCUCCAGAAGACGAGGCUGGGAUCAAGAAGGCAGCAGAUGGCAUUAAGAGUAUCAUUGAACAUGAAGUAAAGAAUGGCAUUCCAGCACACAGGAUAAUCCUGGGCGGAUUUUCACAGGGAGGGGCGCUCUCUCUGUACACAGCCCUUACCUGUGAACACAAACUCGCAGGCGUAGUCGGACUGAGCUGCUGGCUGCCCCUUCACAAAACAUUCCCUCAGGCUGCAAGUGGUGUUAACAAAGACGUUUCCAUCCUGCAAUGUCACGGGGAGGCUGACCCCAUGAUUCCUGUCCGGUUCGGAAACCUCACUUCAGAGAAACUGAAAUCUGUGUUAAACCCGAGUAAAGUCCAGUUUAAGACCUACCCUGGAGUCAUGCACAGCACUAGUCAGGAGGAAAUGAUGGCCGUGAAAAGUUUCAUGGAAAAGCUGCUUCCACGAGUGAAUGAACUCAGCAGUGAAUGACAGCAGGAAGGUGUAAACUCGGGCUAACUUCAGUGUUUCUUCCUCGAUCUCGAUUCCUUGCCCUCCCAACCCACUCACACCCACUUUUGUGUUGAUUCGUGAUAGAAGUAUUAUCUGUGUGCUACUGAUGCGACAGGAGAUGUUUAAGGUACGGGGCGGAGGAUUGCUGCUCCUGCACCCCUCCCCUGGUCCCUGCAUAGAGCAGGAAGUCACAUCAGUGCUGCUUCACACGUUCUCCUAGUGUUACAUUUCAUGUCAUUCUGAUGUCACGGACCUUCCUCUAGUGGCACCAGGAAGCCAUCAUAUACCUCAGAGGAGCAGCUGAGUGUUGUGAGAGAUAUGUGAAUGUACCUUAAACACUCCGUCCUCUCGGGCACAGCUCAGGCAGAGAGCAGCGCGUACUGUGCAACAAUGUAGGUAUCGUUCCACAGCCAUCUAUCCCCACACCAGAUCGACAUCACUCUUUUAGAAUGACGUCUAUGCUCUGUUUUUGGGCUAAGUACUUGUAAGGUUCGGCAUGCAUUGGGAAGACAACGAGUGUUCCUGCUAAAGCUGCGUUAUUUUUUUCUUUGAUCGAUCACAAUAAAAGCCUUCUACCUUCA